AUGGCGCAUUGUCGUGGCAUCUCCUUCUUUUUUGCAGUUUGGAUAAUAUUGCCUCUUGCCAAUGGCUUUAUCAUAAAUCCGCCAUCUGUGUCGAGGAAUUCAAAGACAUCCUUGAGCGCUGGGUCGUCACACAUUGCUGGAGAGGCGCACUCCUCGUUGUCGUCUUCGGCACCUUCUUCUUAUCUGGCAACCUGCAUCCCAGGUCUUGCACCUGCUUUGGCAGAAGAAUUGGAGGGAAUUCAUCCAGAGAUUACAGAUAUCUCACAAUCUGGGAAUGCAGCCGUCACCUUUACUGCGACGAGAGAGGCAUCUCUAAAUGUUCUUUGCUGGACACGCACGGCACAUCGAUUAUUGGAAUUGGUUGCAGCUACAAAUCAAGAGGAUCAACUUUACGAUAAGAAUGAUAUCCAUACUUUCAUCAACCAGGAAGUGAACGUACGGGAUCUUCUUGGCGACGGUAUGGGAGGUCUUUUGACCCUUUCAGUGAAAGCAAUCCUCAAUAAUUCACGACAAUUACCAAAGGAUUUGUCGCAUUCCCACUAUACAGCCCUUUCCAUAAAGAAUGCGCUUUGCGACGUUGUUCGUGAUAUGAGAGGCGAUCGGCCGGAUGUAGAUAUUGAUAAUCCGGAUGUACCAUUGGUUGCCAUGCUUCGCGGUUACAAUGGUGGGGCAUCCCUCUCUUUGUACCGUAGUCUUCACCCACCAGGCAGUCUUCACAAACGUGGCUAUCGUCAAGGGUCAGCAAUUCACAAAGCAGCAAUGAAAGAAUCACUAGCUGCAGGAUUGCUGAUGGAGGCUGGGUGGAAGGGACGAGUGGAUGCAGCACGGAACGGACACGACAAAAAGUCAAACAUUUGUCUCAUUGACCCCAUGGCGGGAAGUGGCUCUCUCAUACUGGAAGCUGCGAUGAUGGCAGCGGACAUUUCACCUGGUCUGAUGAGGAUUCGAUGUCAGGUACCUGGGCAAAGCAGUCCUCCCGUCAUUCGUUGGAAGUCAGAGUUGGAUACCACCAAGUUGUGGAAAGAAAUUCUGUUGGAUGCUUCGAAUCGUGCCAAAACCGGGCUUGAGUGGAUACGAAGUGAUCAGACGCAAUUGGUGCUCCGAGCGAAUGACAUUCAUGCUGGAGCUGUGGAAAUACUUGAGGAUUCUGCAGAAGCUGCUGGCUUGCUGACUCUAAUCGAUGUGAGCAGUAUGGACUGCUUCGAUUUGCAAAUGAAUGAGAAAGAUGCAUCCUGUUUGGUUGUCACAAAUCCGCCAUGGGGUGUGCGCCUAACAGAAGAUGUUACAAUGAGUUGGGAUGCUUUGAGGCAUUUUCUGAGAGACGUUUGUCCAGACAACACAGAGGCAUGGGUACUCUCAGGGCACAAAGCAGCUACUGCAAGUCUAAAACUGAAGCGAAACAAAAUGGUUCCAAUUCAAACGGGGGACCAAGAUCUUCGUUGGGUUCAAUACAUCAUAAGCAGCAAUCAAGAACGAAGGAAGGUCCACAAAACUGGAAAGCAAACAUUGUCUACAUCAACAAGUGGCGAUAGAGGAGAUGAUUCGUGGUAG